CGCCAAUGGGCCCAGCUCCAAAUCUCACUGUCGCCUCGAAAGCGUAUCUGAAGAUAUACUUCCAUGCCGCUAAGCAUCUUCAUCAGACGAUAAAUGGCGUUCUUCUAGGAAACCAGACUGGAGGAAAGAUCGUGGUGGAGGAUGCGAUCCCUCUGUUGCACCAUUGGACGAGUCUGAGCCCUAUGAUGGAGAUUGGACUGGAUUUGGCAGAACAAUACGCGGCGGAAGCUAACCUGAAGAUUGUUGGCUACUACCAAGGACGCGCUGCUGUUGGCGACGUUGGAUUGGGACCUGUUGGAGAGAAGAUUACGCAGAGGAUUAAGGAGAAGUUUGCUGACGCCUUUGCUCUGACGCUCGAUGGAGAAGACUUUGGUACCGAGAAGGCUGCCUUGGUUGUCUGGACAUACACCGAGAAUCAAUGGAGGAGAAUAGGGAGCUCGGGCGCUUCACCACCGUUCACGUCAGGUUCAUCAAUCCAACUCGACUCGCCCGACCUGCCUCAAAAGGCUUUAUCGUACGUUCGCGACAAGAGCCUGCACCUGCAAUUUGGGGACUUUGACGAUCAUCUGGAGGAUGUGAAGAUCGACUGGAUACACAACCGGGAAUGUAUCCCUGUGGAGUAGAUAAGCGCUGUAAAGCGAGAAUGGGCGUAUGUUUGAAUGAAAUCCGGUCUGUUUGAAA